UUUUUGGUUAGAUUCAUAACUUCAUUUUGUGUGCAACGAUUGAAUUUAAUUUAGUUGUAAAAGCUGUGUUGUAGAGAAAAAUGUAUAUUACUAGGCUUCAUUACUUCGAAAUCAACUGAAAUAUAUCGAAGUAACUGAAAAAGUGUUAUGUGUAUUUUAUCAAUAUAAAAUAUAAUAUAAUUAGUUCCUGUUACUACUUUUCCUUUGAAAACUGAAUGGACAAUGGGCGAACGAAAUCCUUCGGGAGACUAAGGAAUACUUGAUUCGUUUAUUUUUCUAGAAAAAUAGCACCAAACAUGAUAAUUACCAUAUUUAUUUUAUAAGUAACCACCUGUCUUAAACAUGGCUGGAAAGAAUUAUCUUGUAAACACUUAUUGUGGCACUUGCCUCAGCAGAGAUCGAAAAUUAAUGUCAUGUCAAGAAGAUUCGAUGGACGUGACUAGCGAAUACAGACAGUUGACGUUGCAUUUGAAAGAAUACAAGGUUUGCUUUGAAUGUCGACACCUCAUGGACAAACUGUUCACGUUUCAAGAACAGGCGAUGCAAGCUAUGCACAUACUCAAAUAUCAACAGAAUCAACUAUUGAAGACGAGACAGAUUCGGUUGCAGGCGUUGCAGUCCAUGUCGGGACUCACGGAACGAAAGAACAUUAUUAAAAUAAAUAUUGAGAGCACUGGUCCUAAUGAUGCGGACGAUGAUAAGGUUAUUUUGAGUAAAGCUGCAGAAGGAACCCACGAGUCAUCUGAUGACGAAACAAACCUCACAGUAGAAUACUUAGAAAGUGACUCGGAAAACGAGGGAACUGGGAUAGCCAUUGGCAGAGAAAGUGGGGGAACUGGGGUAGCCAUUGACAGAGAAAGUGGGGGAAAUGUGAUAGCCAUUGACUCAGAAACUGAGGGAAGUGGGAUAGACAUUGACAGAGAAAGUGGGGGAACUAGGAUAGCCAUUGACAGAGAAAGUGGGGGAAAUGUGAUAGCCAUUGACUCAGAAAGUGGGGGAAAUGUGAUAGCCAUUGACUCAGAAAGUGAGGGAAGUGGGAUAGACAAUGACAGAGAAAGUGGGGGAAAUGUGAUAGCCAUUGAUAGAGAAAGUGGGGGAAAUGUGAUAGCCAUUGACUCAGAAAGUGAAGGAAGUGAGAUAGACAAUGACAGAGAAAGUGGGGGAAAUGUGAUAGCCAUUGACUCGGAAGGUGAAGGAGCUGUAACAGACAUUGACUCAGAGUGUGAGGGAACUGAAGAUCACGAUGAAGACGUUGUUAUGAAUUCGGAUGACGAAAAUUUAAAUACGUCUGCUGAAUUCGAAGAGAAAGAAACUACAGAGCAUAACAGUAAUCUUUUACCCCGACAUCAAAUUGAGAUACCAGAUAGUCAAAAUUCACAAAACAGAAUUUUAGAUUUAAACAAUCAAGCAACUGUUAGCACGUCAUUACCACAGAAUAAAAUUAAGGAUUUAAACACCCAAAAAAAUAUUAGUGUGCCGUAUUAUAUUUUGCAAAAACAUAAAACAGACAAAGUUGGAUCAGAAAGUAUAAAAAUCAUAGCCAAACAAUGCACACCACCUGAAUUUCUCAUAAGACAGGUGGAUGUACCUCACGGGCGUAGUCUCGUUCAGGAUCAUCAGUCUUAUAAGUCUGUAGAAGACAUUACCGCUAGAAAUACAGAUGACACUAAUUAUAUCAAAGUUCGGAAGGACUUAACUAAUACGACUGAAAGUGGACAUUAUAUUGCUAGUAAUGAAAAAACUAAGGACGAUGAUGAAAACACCAACAUUAUAGGUGAUGAAAGUAACUUACAAACUGAACUAUCCACUGCACUAAAGAAUAAUGAAACUAAAGCACAAGAAACAGGAAAUUUCGAAGACAUAAGAAAAGAUAAAAUGCUAAUAAAAAAUGUUUUGCCUAUAUUUUUUUCCUAUAUUAACAAUAAAAAACCACUCACCGACACAAAAAGUAAAGGAACUGAUAAUGAUUAUGUUUUUACAUGUAUAAGUUACAAGAAUGAAAGUUUAACCCGUGCUGAAUGCGACAAGAAUAAAAUUACUACAGUGCACACUAGUAAUCUUGCACCACCGGAUCAACUUGUGGCACUAAAAGAUCAAAAUUCACAAAAUGGAAUUUUAGAUAUAAGCAGUCGAGAAGUUGAACUGCCGUGUCCUAAGGAUAAAAUGAAAGAUUUAAAUAGCGAAGAAAAUAUUCAUGUACAUGUCAUGCAAGAAGCUGAUACAAACGAAACAGAAAGUGAGAGAUUAAAAUCACCUAAAUUUUCUUUGACGGAUGUACAUCGCGACCCUAGUGUCUUUGAAGGUGAUCAGAACCAUAAGUCUCCUGAAGACAUUGGCACCACACUUACAGACAACAACAAAUAUAUAAAAGUACGAAAGGACUUAACUAAAACAACUGAAGCUAAACCUUAUAUUAUUAUUGCAGAAACUAAGAAAACCAAAGACGAAUCUGCUUUGAAACACGACACUGCUGUAAUGAAACCGAUGAAGCGCAAAAUGUUAACAAGUAUUAAACACACGGGUAAUAUCAAAGAAAUUCGGCAGAUAGCGUUACGAAAACGCGGUAAAAAUACAAAAAAAUCAAAGAAUAAUGCUUCGAAUGAGCGACAAAAGAUAUAUGUAGUAAUGCACGCACCACCAAAUAAUCUUAAAAGACAGAUAGACGAAACCGACGCCACUAAAUCGGAUCAGGAAGAUUUAACUAAAAAAAUAAAAUUAACCCCUGAUGAAUUCGAAAUGAAUGAAACUACAGAAUAUACCAAUGAUCUUGAUGAUGCUAUUACUACAAGAGACACAAGCGCAACUCAAACCUUGGAUGAAAAAUUACCAGAAGAUGUCAUAAAUCAAAUUACAAAUGAAAAUACUAAAGAGGAAACUGAUACUGCGCUGACAAACGACAUAGAAGAUGGAAAUGGCUUAAAAAUUGUAUGUGUACAAAGCUUAGCGUGUCCCAUUUCGAAGGUGACUUCAGGACCGAAACCCACUUCGAGUUUGAAACAAAAUUCUGAUAACGACGAAUCGACAAAGGAACCAAAUAUUGGGGAUGCAAAGAAUGAAGAUAAAGCUGGAGUGAAAGACAAUAUAUCAGUCAAUAAGAUUAAUUAUGAGGAUGUGAUAUCCCUAAGAGAGAAAGAGAGGAACGGUGACAUAUUCCAAAACGCCGAAUUCAAAUGCGGCAAAUGUGUAUUUGGGUACAAAGAUCAGCGAAUGUUUUUGACUCAUAUGGAGAGACAUUUGCCUGAUUACGGCGAUAUAGUCUGUGAUAUCUGUCAGUUGAGGUUCAAAAACAAGGAAACGCACGAACAGCAUAGACAAAGUCAUUUCAUUGAAUUCUCUUGCACGAUAACCAAUUGUAUAUUUGGAAGUCGCUUCCGCCGUGCGGUGGUGUACCACCAGUGGAGUGAUCAUACAGAACUACGUGUGGACGACGCAGCAAACAACAGUGGAAUCGACAAGGAAUCAAAGAAGAAAAAGAAAGGUAACCCGACUACGUUCAAAUGUAUAAUUGAGAACUGCUCAGAAGUAUUCAAACAGAAACGACUUUUACGAGUGCACAUGAAAACUGUUCACCCGACCAGUUUCGUAAAGAAAAAAAAGAAGUAUAAACCGAAAUCGAAGAAUUCUUGGAAAAGAUGUCCAGACUGUCCCAGUAAGUUUAUAAAUGAAGUGAACCUGCAGAGGCAUAAAACGAUCUGUCACGAGAAUAAUCUGCAUUGUGCAACGUGUAAUGUAAACUUCAAAAGUGAAAUUUCAUAUAGGAAUCACAUGGUCAUGUCACAAUCGCACGACAUUAAAGUAAAUGGUUACGUACCAUUGGAGCUAAGAAUAAAUCCGUUAACUACCACAUGUACCGAAUGUGCAAUGACCUUCCACACUAAGGAGCAACUGCAGACGCAUAUCUUGGAUAUCCAUGUGAAUAAGAUGCGAUGUGAGCAAUGUGACAAGUCCUUCAAGACUUUAACGUCGUAUAAACAGCACAGUAUGCGUACAAGGAUGCACGGAAAGCGAACGUACGAAUGCGAUUACUGUGGCAAAAAAUAUCAUAAAAGGACCACAUUAAUAUAUCACAUACGACGAUUGCAUAUGAAAAUCAGCAAUUCUCACCCGUGCAUUGUCUGUAACAAGAUCUAUAUGACCCAAUGCGCACGAGUUUCGCACCAAAGAAAACAUCACACAGUUAAUGUAUUAGUGAAUACUAAUAAGGAAAUAACGAACGGUAACGAAGAAUCCGUCGCGUGCGCAGUUUGUGAAAGAACCUACAUGCCCCCAUAUAAAACGUGUCCGUUUUGCGUGUCGACAUCCACACCGGAGUCCCUCGAGAUACAACAAAAAAAACGGCGCGGGCGCAGGAAAAAACAAGACACUGAAAAUGCGAAAAUUAAUACUAGUCUGCAACCCAUCGCCAUCGUGUGCGAUGUCUGCAACAAAUCCUACAGGAAAAUAUCUGAAAAUUGUCCAUACUGUGAGUCCACAUCGACGCCGGAAUUGGUUGAUAUACCAAGACGUCGAGGUCGUCGGAGAACAAAAAAAGAAAUAAAAGCUUCUUUAAAUGGUUCGAAUUCUGCAUUGACCUAAUAAGUUUUUAAGAAUAAAGUCAUUA